AUGCCGAACUGGGGAGGGGGAAAGAGCUGUGCGGUGUGCCAGAAGACGGUGUACUUCGCCGAGGAGGUCCAGUGCGACGGAAAGCACUUCCACAAAGCCUGCUUCGUAUGCAUGGUUUGCAGGAGGUGGCUAGACAGCACCACGCUGGCCACCCACGAGCAGGAGGUCUACUGCAAGUCCUGCUACGGCAAGAAGCACGGCCCCAAGGGGUACGGGUAUGGCCAGGGGGCCGGGACCCUGAACAUGGACCGCGGGGAGAGGCUGGGCAUCAAGCCCGAGGAGACCCAGGCCCACGAGCCUACCAACAACCCCAACCCCUCCCCCAUGGCACAGAAAUUUGGGGGAGCUGAUAAGUGCUCCCGCUGUGGGGAAUCGGUUUAUGCCGCUGAGAAGGUGGUGGGAGCAGGCAAGCCCUGGCAUCAGAACUGCUUCAACUGUGCCAACUGCGGGAAGAGAUUGGAGUCCACCACCCUAACCGAGAAGGACGGCGAGAUAUACUGUAAAGGUUGCUAUGCAAAGAACUUUGGGCCCAAAGGGUUUGGCUACGGUCAAGGAGCGGGGGCCCUCGUCCACACCCAGUGAACCACGCCGGCACGGUUUCGACAACACGACCCACAAGAACCACAACUCACUUCUAACUGCCAUUGGAUGGGAUGGGAAUUAGUGCAUGGUGUAAAAAAAAAAAGGCUGUUUUUCUUCCUGUCUGGUUUGUUUUGCGGUCAAUAAAGCUUUUCCAGAACUCG